AUGUUAAAUAAGUGUAAGUAUUUGUUUAUUUGUGGUGCAAUUGCAUCUGGAAUCGGAAAGGGAACCAUAAAUAGCAGCAUAGGAAUGCUAUUGAAAUAAUAUGGUUAUAAGGUGUCAUUCUUGAAAAUUGAUCCAUAUUUAAAUAUAGAUGCAGGUACAAUGAAUCCAUAUGAGCAUGGUGAAGUAUUUGUUACAGGAGACGGAGGAGAAGUUGAUUUGGACAUUGGAAAUUAUGAAAGAUUCUUAGAUAUUGAGUUAUCAUUCUACCAUAGUUUAACUAGUGGGAAAUUAUAUUAAAAAAUAUUACAAAAGGAGAGGGAAGGACAUUAUUUAGGAAAAACAGUUUAGGUUAUUCCUCAUGUAGUCGAUGAAAUUAAAAAUUGGAUUCGAAAUUUAACAACUGUACCACUGAAACAUGAUACUGUUGAAAAGCCAGAUAUAUUGCUGGUUGAAGUAGGAGGAACUGUGGGUGACUUGGAAUCCACUUGUUAUUAUGAGGCUGUGAGAUAAAUGAUAAAUGAGGAGGGAAAGGAUAACGUUGGUUUGAUUAUGCUUACUUAUAUUUUAACAUUGAAUAAUGAGUAAAAAACAAAACCUGCUUAAAAUGGAAUCAAGGAUCUUAGAUAUACAGGAUUGAUAGCUGAUUUUAUAAUAUGCAGAUCCGAAACUGAAUUGUAAAUACAACAAAGAGAUAAGUUGGCUAUGUUUGGUAACAUAUCUAAGGAUUCAAUAUUUUCUGUUCCAAAUUCCCAACACAUUUAUGAUGUUCCAGAAGUAUUACAAAAAUAAAGGCUGGCUGAACAUAUAUUAGAUAAGUUCAAGCUGCCACUUUAAAAGGUUCCUAACAUUUAACAAUACACAAAAUUUGGAUAAUAUUUGAGAGAAUUAGAGUAAUAAAAGCCUGUUACUAUAGGAGUUAUGGGGAAAUAUAUGAAAAAUUUGGAUGCAUAUAUGUCCUUGAUAAAAGCAUUGAAAGAGGCAAGUUAUGCUAUUAAAGUGAAUUUACAAUUAAAAUAUAUCGAUCUUGUUGAAUUCCAAAAUAGUCCUAAUCCAGAAGAAUAACUAGAAAAAGAAUGUGAUCAAUUUGAUGCUAUCCUGGUGCCUGGUGGAUUUGGAUUUAAUGGUUUUAAUCUCAAGAUCAAGUGCUGUCAAUAUGCUCGUGAAAAGAAGAAGCCAUUUUUGGGAAUCUGCUAUGGAUUCUAAGCAGCUGUUAUUGAAUAUGCUCAAAAUAUCUUAGGAGUUAAAGAUGCUACCUCUGAGGAAUUGAAGGAAGAAUAGGUUGGAACAAACUUUGUUGUAUUUAUGCCAGAAAUCAAUCCUAAGUUAUUUGGAGGCAACAUGAGAUUGGGAAAUCAUGAAACAUUCAUUGAAAACAAGGAGAGCAUUGCAUAUCAAAUAUAUGGGUCUGAGGUUGUAGAGGAAAGACACAGACAUCGAUACGAAGUCAAUCCUGAGAAGAUUCAAACAUUAAAUGAAAAAGGUCUGAUUUUCUCUGGAAAAGAUAAGAAGACUGGCUCAAGAAUGGAAAUUCUGGAAUUGCCUAAAAAUUAACAUCCUUUUUAUGUUGGAGUACAAUACCAUCCAGAAUUUACUUCUAAAAACUUCAAGCCCAAUCCAUUAUUUGUUAGUUUUGUUUCUGCUGCUGCAAAUGGAGAGUAUCGUAAAUCAAAGAUAGAUACCAACUACAAUAAUUAAAUUUGA